AUGCAAAGUGGAAGAACAGAUAAGGCACUUCAAAUACUUCGUGAAAUGCAGCAGUCAGGUGCAAAACCAAAUAAAAUCACAAUCACCAGUGUGUUACCUACUUGUAUAGAUCUAGGAAGCAUAAGAAGAGGUGCAGAGAUUCAUGGUUUUAUCAUUCGCCGUUUAUUUUCGGAAGAUGAGACAGUCUCCACUGCUUUGGUACUCAUGUAUGCUAAAUGUGGUGACCUGGAACUAUCCAAAAGAGUCUUCUAUAUGAUGCCAAAAAAAGAUACUAUUGCUUGGAAUACAAUGAUUAUUGGAAAUUCAAUGCAUGGGAAAGGAGAGGAAGCUUUGAUGCUUUUUCAUCAAAUGGUAAGUUUGGGGAUGAAACCCAACUCUGUUACUUUUACUGGCGUGCUAUCGGGUUGCAGCCAUUCACAGCUGGUAGACGAGGGUCUUUUGAUCUUUUACUCAAUGAGCAAGGAGCAUGGAAUUGAACCUGAUGCAGAACAUUAUUCGUGCAUGGUUGAUGCUCUAAGCCGUGCUGGUCGCCUAGAACAGGCAUAUAAUUUUAUCCAAAACAUGCCCCUGAAACCAACUACUAGUGCUUGGGGAGCAUUGCUUGGUGCAUCUAGAGUAUACAAGAACGUGGAAUUGGCACGAGCUGCCGGAAAACAACUGUUGGAGAUUGAGCCAGAAAAUGCUGGGAACUAUGUUUUGUUGUCCAACAUCUAUGAAGCAGCCAAACUACGAGAGGAGGCCUCAGAAAUUAGGAAAUUGAUGAGAGAAAGAGGAAUUAUUAAACUUCCUGGUUGUAGUUGGAUUCAAGUGAAAGACAAAGUGCAUACCUUUGUUGUCGGUGACAAGAAUAAUGCUCAGACUGCAGAGAUUAACAGCUUUUUGGCUGAAAUAGGUGAAAAGAUGAGGUUAGCCGGGUAUUUACCCUGUACAGACCUUGUUGGCCAAGAUCUUGAUGCAGAGGAGAAGGAAUACAGUUUGUGCAAUCAUAGUGAGAGGCUUGCUGUUGCCUUUGGGAUUCUUAAUUUGGAUGGUGCAUCGUCAAUUAGGGUGUUCAAAAACUUGAGAAUAUGUGGAGAUUGCCAUAAUGCCAUUAAGUAUUUAGCCAAAAUUGUUGGAGUGCAGAUCAUUGUGAGAGAUCCUCUAAGGUUUCACCAUUUUAAGGAUGGGUUAUGCUCCUGUAGAGAUUUUUGGUGA